GGGCGCCAAUCACUCUCUCCUCAACCAGCGCGUCAGUCGACAAGACAAGCCGACGCAAAGAACCAAACACCAGUCAAUUGGGCAGCAAAAAUGGUUCUCGACGCGACCGACUUCAUCUUGGAGCGGGGCGGCAACCCGGACAAGAUCCGGGAGUCGCAGCGCCGCCGCCAUGCCUCGGUCGAGGUCGUCGACGAGAUCAUCGCCAUGUGGGAGGACCACAGACAAACCAACUACGCGGCGAUGCAGAUGGGCACGCAAAUAAACGAGGUGCAGAAGAAGAUCGGGGCCAAGAAGAAGGCCAAGGAGAACGCGGACGAGCUGCUGGCGGAGAAGGUAGCGCUCGAGAAGGAGAAGAAGCGACUGCAGGACCUGGCGGCCGAUAAGGAGCAGCUGCUCAACAAGAAGCUCACGACCAUCGGCAACAUCGUGCACGACUCAGUCCCCGUCAGCGAUAACGAGGACAACAACGAGGUCCAGAGGACGUGGGCCCCCGAGGGCAUGGCGGCCGAGAAGCGCGAGUGCCUCAGCCACCACGAGGUCCUCACCAGGCUCGACGGCUACGACCCGGAGCGCGGCACCAAGGCCGUCGGCCACCGCGGCUACUUUCUGAGACAAUGGGGUGUCUUCCUGAACCAGGCCAUCAUCAACUACGGCAUCGAGUUCCUGACCAACAAGGGCUACACGGCCCUUCAGCCCCCGUUUUUCCUCCUCAAGGACCAGAUGUCCAAGACGGCCCAGCUGGAGCAAUUUGACGAGGAGCUCUACAAGGUUGUGGACGGUGAGGCCGACAAAUACCUCAUUGCCACCUCGGAGCAGCCCAUCUCAGUCUACCACGCCAACGAGUGGCUGCUGCCGCAGGACCUCCCCCUGAAGUAUGCCGGAUACAGCACAUGCUUCCGCAAGGAGGCCGGCGGUCAUGGUCGUGAUGUCUGGGGAACGUUCCGUGUUCACCAGUUCGAGAAAGUUGAGCAGUUCUGCAUAACUGAUCCGGAGAAGUCAUGGGAGAUGUUUGAUGAGAUGAUCGCCAACUCUGAGGAGUUCUACAAGGGACUCGGACUGCCAUACCGGGUCGUCUCCAUUGUAUCUGGCGCUCUGAACAAUGCGGCGGCAAAGAAGUUCGACCUCGAAGCCUGGUUCCCGUUCCAGGGAGAGUACAAGGAGCUUGUCUCAUGCUCCAACUGCACUGACUACCAGUCGAGGUCACUCGACAUCCGAUUCGGCACCAAAACCCAGACUACUACCAAGAAGAGCUACGUUCACUGCCUGAACUCGACUCUCACGGCCACGUCAAGAACAAUGUGCUGUCUGCUAGAGAACUACCAGACCGAGACGGGAUUCAAAGUACCGGAGCCUCUGCGGAAGUACCUGCCCGGAGCGCCAGACUUCAUCCCAUUCACGCGGGAGCUCCCGAAGGACCUGGCGGCGCAGGCAAAGGCUGUCAAGGAGGCCAAGGAGGCCAGCAAGAAGGGUGGCGCCAAGCAAAAGGCGGCGGCAGCAGCCGCUGCCGUGUCGGGCGCGGUGGCCGACGUAGCCGACAAGCUGAGCGACACCAAGGUUUGAGACAGAAUCGCAGCUAGAUUAUGGGAUAGAGAGUGCAACAAACGAGCACGGGGCUGCCAAGUCCGAGCAUGCACGUUUAGAGCUAUGCAGAUGUCCAUGACGGUGCGAAUAAUGAGACGGGUAUGGUGGGCGCUAAAGAGGAGAUGCGACGAUGAUGCAUCCAGCUGUUUUGGCAACUAGUGCCCAUUCCCUCACCCCGGGCCUCGUCUAAUGUGAUUUAGAGAGAGGAGAGCGAGACUUGACACACAAAAAUACACUAACGCGCCGUUACAGCAAAAUAUUGGGCACAACGCGUAUGGAUGUGAGGUUAAAUGGUAAAAGAUGGUGAUCACAACCAAAAAUGUAUGUCUCUCCUCCCAGAAUCGAAC